AGUCCGAGACGUCCUCAGCAGGGCUGCUGACUGACGGGCGGUCACUGAGCUGGAAUGAACAUGGUGCAGAGACUGCUCUCUCACUGGGUCAGAACGGAGCUCGGGGUCCAGCUCCCGGAUAGUCAACAGUUGGUCACGGUCAGGGUGAGGCCAAAUGACACAAUAAAACACAUCCGUCUCCACCUGGUCAGACAGGGAGUCACCUCCUGGAAGAUGAGCUUCACUUAUAAAGGCCGAGAACUCGGAGAAAAUGAGACGCUGGAAGAGAGUAACAUCACCUCGGGGGCAGUUCUGGUGUUGGUGAAGGACGGCCACUCCCCACCCUCAACGGUGUUGCUGGUCUCACUGACACAUCUGCCUUACCUGUGUGAAAACCCAAGACGUUCAUGUGGAGAGCGGUGUUGGUGGAUGACGGUUGAAAUGGGGGAUGAUCUGAGUGGUUGCUCCUUUCUCUGCCACAAGCUUUGCUGAGAGUGAAUGGACUGCCCUCGAAGACACCACAAUGCAGCAACUGGACCCUGAUUCAUGGGCAUCAGCUGGAGGUCAACAGAGCACAGUGGGUGGACAGCAGGCAGAAGCACUGGCCACUGUGUGUGCAACAGGGUUCCAGCACUGGGAGCAGGGCGUCAGACACAGGGUGAGGUCACUGGGUACUGGGAGUCAGAUGGGGGGAGGUACAGGAAUGCAGGAGGUGGAUGGAUGAGAUGGCGAGGGAGCCUGUGAAAUGAGGUUGGGGUUGAGAUGGUGGACGGUGGGUGGGUGGGCUCAGAGAGGUGUGGAUGGCACUAUCUGGGAAGGACAGGUGGACCCCCAACUCUGUCAGUUGUCCCAUUUCAUCCCUCAGCCCUCGGCUCACCGACACAAACCAUCCCAACGCCUCACUCCACAUGGGUAGUGGACACAGUGGGGGCUCCGACUGAGCUCCUCUGCUGGGUCAUUGUGACAAGCCUUGACGACUGACCAGAGCAGAUCCUGGGGAGAUCUCCACCAGCCGGGCCAUUGGAACCAGAGAGAACCGAUGGGUCAGGGUCGGUGCUUUGUGCUGCUGUGGGAAUGAUGUUCAUUAAAGUGUAUUCACUGGAA